CUUCAUCGAACAAAUUUCGAUUGCAGCUUCGAAUAGAUCCAAAGAAACCAAAGCAAAAAGCAAAACGCAAACAGGCAGCACCAGAACAAGGAUAAGACAUGUUGUGCUUCAGCCAUGGCCGAUAACUCGACUGGCUCUGCCAACAGCACAUCAUCCUCUUCUUCUUCUACUACUAACACAAGUACUUGUGACUACUGGGUGGGAGUAACGAUUGGAGAAGGACGAUUUGGUCAUGUGGUCUAUGGCCAACACAAACAUUCUCAAAAGGAGGUGGCCAUCAAGGUCUAUGACAAGGCGUCCAUGCACAAGUAUCCCUUCUUGCCAAGGUCCAUUUGGACCGAACGACUAGUCUUGCAACAAGAAUUGGCGUCUGUGGAGAGUGUGGUGAACCUAUGGAGUGCCUUUCAUGACAGUCACUGCGUCUAUCUCAUCAUGGAAUGUAACAAGGGAGGCACUCUACAAGAAGUGUUGCCCCUUCUCAGCAAGAAUCGCCAAGGGUCAUCAACAUCCAUCGCACACUACGCGCUACAGCUCUGUCACUCCAUUCAAGCCCUUCAUGAUCGGUCCAUUAUUCACACGGAUCUCUCACCCCAAAAUAUUCUGCUCACGUCUCGAGGAAGAAUCCAAAUUGCGGAUUUUGGUGCUGCUGUCAGGCUAGGACAAGAUGAUCCUGCUACUACGAACCAGCAGAGUCCUGCAGUGCCACGAGGAACGGCAGAUUAUGCGUCUCCCGAAAUUAUUCGUGGGAUACCUGCCUCGCAGCUGACGCCAGCAGUGGAUCUGUGGUCUCUGGGGUGCAUCUUGUUUGCCAUACUGCAUGGUCAACCCCCGUUUCAUGCACCCAGUGACAGUCUAGCCAUUCAGUCCAUUAUGGACUAUGUCAACAAUAAACAGGGGUCAUCUCUACAAUCCUUUGCAAGUGACAAGUACAGUACAGCAUGGAAGCAACUCAUUUGGGACGUUUUGCUGCAACCAGAUCCUACCAAACGAAUGAUCCAGCCGCCUUCUUCUAUGGUUCAGCUCAUUCCUGGACAUGAUACUGUCGAUCUAGAGCAAGAUCCACCCAUUCGUCCAAACGAGCCACAAUGGGUACAAGAGCAGCAAGAAUCGAAGCAAAUGAAAGAUGGAUCCAGUGGAUGGACGGCCUUUUUGAUGUAGGUGCAGACUUACCGGUGUGGACGUUUGGAAGACAUGGACACCGCAAGUAUCCUUUUGUAGGGGAGAGGGGAGCUGGUCUAGUCAUUCAGCGAAUAUGACAAGCCGUGGCUUGGGAAACGCACAAGCGCUUACUGGGCUACGACGGAACCUACACUACAUACACGUAGUAUCGAGGAUACCGUUCGAUGCAUGUUCGUGGGGAUACGCUCUCCGAUCCAAACAACCACAAGUUGUAGCUUUUCUACAAGCAACACAAAACCCGAUGGCAUCUUAGGAAGCAGCCAAAAAGAAGAUUGAAGCAGCCUUGAAUCGUAGAUGUUGGUCGCAAAGGAACGGUAUCGAUACGUACAGUGGUGCGCCUGUGCCAGGUUUCCCCACAGCUUGCUGCUCACUCGGUUCCAAUCAAGGACGCAAAAGUUUAUCUCAGGAAACACUAAUCUCUAAUUAUGCUUCUAGCUAGCUAACUAAUAGAGUACCUGGCACAAAUCCAAUCA